AUUUCAGAGGGAAUUUAAAAUCUCCGCGAACACCGCGAGAGAACCAAACCCUCCUCGCUAACGCCCAAACCCUAGACCUCGAGUCGGAGAUGAGAUCCCCAAUGAAGGCGCCGGCGGACGACCCCCGCCACCGUCCGGCGGCAGCCACGACUGCGCCGCCGCACUCGGCGGCCGGGAGGCGGAAGGGCACGACGAGCCGGCCGUGGUUGGUUGUCUCGGACUCUGGGCGGUCGUGUCUCGAGGAGGUGGGGAAGCACUCGAUCAUGCGGCGGACGGGGCUUCCGGCGCGGGAUCUGAGGAUCCUGGAUCCCCUGCUCUCCUACCCGUCGACGAUUCUGGGGAGGGAAAGGGCUAUCGUGGUCAAUCUGGAGCACAUCAAGGCCAUCAUCACGGCCACCGAGGUGCUCAUCCCCAACUCCAGGGACCCUAUGGCCGCCCCCUUCGUCCGCGACCUACAGUCCCGGGACUCCAGCCCCUCAGGCGCUCCACAUCAGGCUUCAGAGUCCAGUGUUAAGGUGUUACCCUUUGAGUUCAGAGUACUUGAGAUCUGCCUUGAAUCCGUUUGCAGGUGCCUUGAAGCUGAGACACUGACCUUGGAGCAAGAGGCUUAUCCAGCAUUGGAUGAAUUGACUUCAAAAAUCAGUACCCUGAACCUUGAACAUGUUAGACAUCUCAAGAGUCGCUUGGUUGACAUAUCAGGGCGUGUGCAGAAGGUAAGGGAUGAGCUAGAACACUUAUUGGAUGAUGAUAUGGAUAUGGCUGAGAUGUGCUUAACAGAAAAGCUUGCUCAUCAGCAUAGUGGUGAAUGUUUGUCGGGAGUUGAAGUAGACAAUGGUGCAUCUCAACUGGAGGAGGAUAGGGAUGAAGUUUUUAAAGAUGAGACAGACAGCAGCCAUGGAAGCUUAGCUGCUUUUAAGCCUAACAUUCAGGAGUUGGAGAUGCUUCUAGAGGCUUACUUUGUGCAGAUUGAUGGCACUCUAAACAAAUUAUCCCAUUUGAAAGAGUAUGUGGACGAUACAGAAGAUUACAUCAACAUCAUGCUAGAUGAGAAACAGAAUCAGCUGCUACAGACGGGAGUCAUGAUCACCACCGCAACUGUUGUAGUCACUGCUGGCAUUGUGGUUGUGAGCAUAUUUGGUAUGAAUAUAGGUAUUUCGCUAUUUGAUGUUCCAACUUUUUCCCAAUUCUGGGAGACCACUUUUGGCACCAUAGGCGGCUGUAUCGUCCUAUAUGUUUUAGCCAUUGGAUUGGGCAUGAGAAGUGGACUGCUGCAAUGAUCACAAUUCUGAGUUACAAGCAUAUAGAGCUGACAUGGAAGGUGCUUUACACUUGCAAACUUGAGACCACUUUUGACAUUGUGGUAGUUUGUUAAAGUGAAAAAACAUGGCGGGAUAAUGAUGUUUUCUGCUGUAUUUUUUGAAUCCCAUUUUGAUGGUGCUCUUUAUCUCAGCUUUAUGACUGAGGGUUCAAUUUCAAAAAAUUAAUGAAAUUAUGAUCAUCUUUUUAUGAUUUGCUAA